CAGCAGGGAGCGAUCAGCAACCACAAACCACACAGCCGCUCUGUCCUUAUCUCCUCUCUAUGGUAAUAACACAUGGACAACCGACUGAGCUAAGCUAGACGCCGCCAUGUUUGAUGCGGGGGAGUGGAACGAUAACCAGGAGGUGCAGGAACUGACGGAGAGUCUGUUGAGCACCCAGAAGAGAGCGCCCGAUGCCAAGCAGGACAAGGGCGCCAUCAGCAGGCGGAAGAGACUGAAGAGGAAUCGCCAGCUUCUUGAGAUCCUCCAAACACUGAAAUCCUCCAGUGCCCAGAACCCCGACCUCCCGCCACCCCUAGAAGAUGUCGGUCCUCCGGGGAAGCAGAGGAAGGUGACACCAGAUAUAAUUCCAGAAGAGUCCUCCACUUCCAACUCCAAGUCUCCACCUCCCAACACAGGAACACAACUAAGCCGCCAGAAAUGGAGGAACAAAAUGAAGAACAAGAAGAAGAAUCGAAACAAAUUCAAGCCAUGUGAGGAGAAGCAGAAGAACACAGUGGCCAGCAGAGAGGAAGGAGAAUCCAGGACAGGUGGCCAGCCAGGAAAUGUAAAGAGAAGAGGGAAUAAAGAAGAGGAAGAGACUACAGACAAAGAUGGAGGACAGAAGAAGGACCACAGGAAGAAGACAUCAGGAGACAGUAAGUGUGACCCAGUUUCACCAAAAAUGACAGCAGUGGUGAAGGCCAGACUAGAGAAGCUGAAAAAGCUGCUGAAGAAGGAAGCAGCUGGGAGGGAAAAAGACCCAACCACGGAUGAGGACCCUGAAGACACCACCGGCCCUGAUGACUCCAAUCUGCCAGAGGAGGAGGUUACUGACCGCUCGGCCUCUCUUCGUUCUCGCAUGGAGCAGCGCCUACAUUCGGCUCGCUUUCGGUACAUUAAUGAACAGCUGUAUACAUCGGACAGUCAUCAAGCUGUGCAACUCUUCCAGAAUGACCCUGAGGCCUUCAACAUUUAUCACACGGGAUUCUCCCAACAGGUCCAACGCUGGCCCAUCAGCCCCAUCACCGAGAUCCUCAAAUAUAUCAAGAACAGGCCACCCUCCCUGGUGGUGGCAGAUUUCGGCUGUGGAGAUGCUCAGCUGGCAUGUAGUGUCCGAAACAAUGUUCACUCCUUUGAUCUGGUGGCUUUGAAUGAUCGUGUGACUGUGUGUGACAUGGCACAGGUGCCGCUAUCAGAUGAGACUGUCGAUAUCGCCGUCUUCUGUCUGUCUCUGAUGGGGAAGAAUCUCAGUGACUUUCUAAAAGAAGCAAAUCGAGUUCUGAAGAUGGAGGGGGUGUUAUUGGUCGCUGAGGUCAGCAGUCGGUUUGAUGACGUCAGACAGUUCCUGAGCGCCAUGUCACAGUUGGGAUUCAAAUGCGUGAAUAAGAAUACAGAAAACAGUCACUUCUACCUCUUCGAGUUCAGCAAAGCCCGUUUGGCUCGCGACGCCUCCAGACACGCGGGACUGCAGCUCAAACCGUGUCUGUACAAGAAGAGGUGAUCGGCCUGAACUCCUGGGCCACUGGUGGUGAUUGGCCGGGAUCUCCAGAACACCAAGGGUG